AUGGUUAUCCUCUACUGUGUAAGAUAUUUCGUGAGCACUGUCCUGCAGUUCCAGAUUCACAGAGCUCUGUGUACACGGACUGGACAGUUCAUUCCCGGGGAUCCGUCACGUCCACUUCACAAAUGUGAUAUCUACAGGAACCCUGAGGCUGGAAGGGUACUGAAACGUCUCAUGGAGAGAGGAUCUUCAGCACCCUGGGCACAAAUACUGCAGGAGAGCAUAGGCGAGGCCAGACUGAACGGCGAGGCUCUGAGGGACUACUUCAGACCUCUAGAAGAAUGGCUGCAGAGUGAGAACUUGAGGACUGGCGAGUACCUUGGUUGGAGCUACGACGGUGAUUACUGCAAAUUCAGCAUUGAGACUGCCGGUCUUCAGGUCUACGGUGGAUUCUACAAUAGAGCUGGAAGAGGAUAUGACGUCACCAGCUUCCUAACUAUACUGAUGGCUUCGUUUAUUAUCACUGUAGUUAGUUUUCGUCGGCGGUAA